AUGACGCAUUCAAAAGAACUGCCUCCUCUUACGUCUCCAUUUUUUCCCAACUUAUUCAUCAAGAAUCAAUUCUUUACUAAACCUCGGUUUCCUCCCCAUAGCACGAAUCUUUCUGACCAAGUCGCCCUUGUUACAGGUUCUAAUACCGGCUUGGGUUUGGAAUGUGCUCGUCAACUACUUUCUUACAAACUUUCACGCCUAAUUAUAGCUGUCAGAUCUUCAGCGAAAGGCGAGAUUGCAGCCUCUAAUCUUCGCAAACAGUAUCCCAAAUCCAUCAUUGAGGUAUGGGUGCUAGAUAUGUCUUCCUACGAUUCCGUCCGAGCCUUUGCAGCGCGACUGGAUAAGGAAUUGCCUCGACUCGAUGUUGCCAUCUUGAACGCCGGGAUGGGAAGAUCAGCUUUUUCUACUUCGCCAGAUACAGGACAUGAAGAGAAUCUACAAGUCAACUACCUGUCCACAAUGUUGUUAUCUAUUCUCAUUCUUCCUAUACUGAAGAAGAAAUCGCCGGUGGGACUGCCUGGACGGUUGACAAUAGUUACGUCAAUGCUCUCGAUCACCGCCAAGUUCGCAAAUAAGAGCGAGGUUCCUCUUCUUCCAGCAUUUGACAGAGCUGAUUUGUUCGAUCCUUACGACAUUUACCAAACUUCAAAGUUCUUGGGCCAAUUGUUCAUAUGGAAGCUUACAGAUAUGGUAUCUGCAGACGAUGUUGUUGUAAAUCUUGUCGAACCAGGAUUCAUCAAAGGAACCGAACUGCAACGCGACAUCAGCGGUAUCACAAGGAUUAUACUCAAUCUCUUCAAGACUAUCAGCGCACGGUCUGUAAAGGUCGGUGCGUCGACAUAUAUAGAUGCUGCCAUCGUGAAAGGGAAAGAAUCUCAUGGAUGUGUCCUUACGAACUGGGAUAUUGCACCAUACGCACCAUUCCAAUAUACUGCUGAAGGCAAAAUAAUCAUGAAUAGAUUAUGGGAAGAGACAUUGAAAGAGUUCAAUUUCAUUGAUACAAAUAGUAUCCUUGGAUUCUUGAAGACGGCUUAG